AACUUGGUUCUUUCUCGAGUGGUAUGUAGUGUGAGUUAGCACCGUCUGAAAUGAUCGUGGCCAGAGUUCUGACAAAAAGAAGGGCAAUCGACAUAGCACGUUGGGAGGAAAUUCUUUCAAAGGUUGCCCAGAGAAGGUGUGGAGGUCUUGCUUGGGAGCCAAGGGCCCACGCCCACAGCCACCAUGAGGCGGUGAGCGUGAUGUCACAGUGGGUGUCAGAGUGCAGCCAUUGUGACGCGUGAAGCUUGGAGUAGAGCACAGGCUGGCGGGCUCAGCGCAAGCGUCAGUGCGGCCUGGUGAGGCGUGGAGAGAGCAGGGUCUCUUGCAGUGCUCACCGUCGACGCAAAUGAUGUAUGCUAGGAAGCGGAAGUUGUCUGACUCUCAGGAGCCAGGUGAGAGCACUGCGUCCCUGUGCACAGGUCCCGAUGCUGGGCAGAGGGGUGCUGGGGCUCUGCCUGCGGCUGAGAGCCGAGAGGGGAGGAAGGGGCAGGCAGGAGCUCCCAGGCAGGCAUGGGGCUGGGCCCCUCUGCUCCUUGGCAAGGGGGCCCAGCUUGGGCUGCGGCUGCCUUGGGCCUGCCAUGGCCCCUUCCCCUCCACCGCCUCCAGCCAGCAUGGCAGGCACAGAGCAGGACCCUGGGGACAGCCCCCAGGGACACCUGGCCCCGCCAGCUGCUCACCGCUGCUCACAUUUGCUCUCUCCUCUGCAGCGUGCGUGCUGUGUGGCCGGGGAGAUGUUGACCGAAACAUCUUUGGCCGCACAUUUGACCAGAUUUGGUUUUGGGUCCACGAGUUCUGCUUGCUUUUUGCCAACAUCUCUUUUGAUGAAAGCUCCACACAGGAGGGAACUGUGGGCAUUGACCCAGCUGCCCUCACACGCAAAGUCAAGCAGGCAAACCAGAAGCAAUGCUGUGUUUGCGGCGAGAGGGGGGCUGCCAUCACAUGGGCACAGGGCGGCUGUGAGCGCAGCUUUCAUCUGCCCUGUGCCAAGGACGGACAAUGCGUCACCCAGUUCUUUCGAGAGCACAGGUCCUUCUGCUGGGAGCACCGCCCUCGACAGACCGCAGUGACAGCUCCAGCAAGAGGCACCACCUGUGUCAUCUGCCGGCAGACCGUGGGGAACGUUGCAUCCUACCACACCCUGGUGUGCCCAGCGUGCAAACAUGCCUGGUUCCACCGGGCCUGCGUCCAGCAAAAGGCCUUGAAUGAAGGCAUUGCAUGCUUCCGGUGCCCUGCCUGCCAAGACGGCGCUCAGUACCGUAUUGAAAUGUCCAUCCUAGGGAUCCGAAUCCCGGACAGAAGACCAGAGCGGGAGGACAAUCGUGCAUCCACAGCGGUUCUACAGAGGCACGGGCACUGCGACGCCGUCAUCUGCUUUUGCGCUGGAGGCAGGGAUCAGGCAGAAGAAGAGGGGUGAGUUACCGCAGCAGCUCUCUGGCGCUCCGUGGGGGAUCUCAGCCUCAGCACAGGCUGGGAGGUCAAGGACUGAGCACGAGAGAUGUGCCGGGCGCUCCCUGCCUUGGCUCACUUGUUCCUCACGGCCACAACCCCUUUUCUUCCCCAGGCCCUGGCAGCUGGUCCCGUGCAGCUCCUGUGGAGCGCAGAGCACCCACCGAGAAUGCUCCUACUCGAGCAUCAGAAUGAACAAGUGGGACUGCGACAGAUGUGCUGGCCUGGGUACCGCCUCCAGCACCAUCGCGCAGCUCGCUGCCCUCAGCGCUGCCAGCCAGCAGGGCCUGGAGCCAUCCCACAGCCCCCAGGAGCCUGAGGACAGCUGCUCCGGCCCCACCAUCCAGCCAGCGUCGGGGCCAUCCCACACUUCCCAGCUGCUGGAGCUCAGCUGCCAGACCAGCGUGCUGGGCAUAGAACAUGGGACAACCUGCUCAGCUUUUCCUGACCAUCAGGACGCACCUGAGCAGUGCCAAGCACGCUGUGGGAGCAACCAUACAGCCACCCCCAGCACUGGAAGCAGCUCCCGCCCAUCCACCGCACAGGGCACUUUGGGAUCCUCCAGAGCAGCCACAGCGGCUGCGCGCAGGAGGCGUCCCAGGCAGCGCGGAACAAGCCGGACACGGAGCCGCUCCCCGCUGCAAGGUCGGGCCCCACCUUCCCAGAGCCGGACCAGAAGACCUCAGCGCAGCAGGCGAACACCAUCUCCAGCUGCUCAGAAGAGAACUCGCAGCACCAGCAGACCGGCGACGCGGAGGACCUUGAGGGCUUCCCUGCGUCCAGACAGCAGGGAAUGGCCCAGGCAGUUAGGGGAGGCCCGCAUGCGAAGCCAUUCCUCAGUGGCACGUCGAGUGCCACAUGUCCACAGCCGGCACUGAGGAGGCUGCGGGAGCCAGUUCCAACAGUGGGGGCUGCCCCAGGCAUGAAGACCUCCUGGGUCGAACAUGCAAGCCAACAUUCC